AUGGAGGGCUCCACCGGCUUUGGGAUCGACUCCAUCCUCUCCCACCGAGCCGGCAGCCCGGCCGUGCCCAAAGGGGACCCGCUGGUGGGCGACGGCCGGUCCCCGCUGGAGCUGAGCCCCCGCUCGGAGGGCAGCAGCGGGUGUCCCUCACCCCGUUCACCGGGCCGCGAGUGCCUGGAGGCGGCGGGGCCGCGGCCGGGCCUGGAUGCGCACCUCCAGCCGGGGCAGGUCUCGGCUCCCUCCCAGUCCCGGACCGUCACCUCCUCCUUCCUCAUCAGAGACAUCCUGGCAGACUGCAAGCCCUUGGCCGCCUGCGCCCCUUACUCCAGCACCAAUGGACCUCACGGCGGGCAGGAGCCGGCGGGCAGGAUCCCCACCAAACCCGGCGAGGACUUUAGGGAGAAAAUGGAAAAAAACACCAGCAGCUCUUCGUCGGAUUCGGAGUACAAAGUGAAAGAAGAAGGAGACCGAGAGAUCUCCAGCUCCCGGGACAGUCCCCCGGUGCGGCUGAAAAAGCCGCGCAAAGCCCGCACCGCCUUCACCGACCAUCAGUUGGCUCAGCUGGAGCGCAGCUUCGAGAGGCAAAAAUACCUGAGCGUGCAGGACAGGAUGGAGCUGGCCGCGUCCCUCAACCUCACCGACACGCAGGUGAAAACGUGGUACCAGAAUAGAAGGACCAAGUGGAAAAGGCAGACGGCGGUGGGCCUGGAGCUGCUGGCCGAGGCUGGCAACUACUCAGCCCUGCAGAGGAUGUUCCCCUCGCCCUACUUCUACCCGCAGAGUUUGGUCUCCAACCUGGACCCCGGCGCCGCUCUCUACCUGUACCGGGGACCCAGCGCUCCCCCUCCCGCCCUACAGAGACCCUUGGUUCCCCGCAUUCUUAUCCACGGACUGCAGGGAGGUAGCGAGCCCCCGCCGCCCCUGCCCCCGCUGCCCGGUGUUCUGCCCCGGGCUGCUCAGCCCCGGUGA